CUCUGAAAUUGACUCCCAGAGUGUUAUACCCCUUGGACCCAAGGCCUGCUAGGCCAGAUGCCCCCCACCCCACCCCUUCUGCAGACGUAUCUCCCCCUACCCUAAAGACCCUGCACAGUCCCCUCCCUCCUCUUUUUUACAUAGUGACGAUGCUCAAGCCCUGUGCUGCAGCCCUGCCAAAAAAUGACACCUCUUUCGUUGAAUAAUUAAAAGCAGGAACUACCCACUCUAUAAAAGGAAGUGAAUGAGUAAGAAAGUCAAAGGCGGUCUAGAUGCACAGAAGGUGCAAGCCAGAGCUCAGGCAGAACUUCCAGAGUGCAUCUGGGAUCUGCAUUUGCCACUGGUUGCAGAUCAGGCGGACGAGGAGCCGGGAAGGCAGAGCCAUGUGGCUGCCCCCUGCUCUGCUCCUUCUCAGCCUCUCAGGCUGUUUCUCCAUCCAAGGCCCAGAGUCCGUGAAAGCCCUAGAGCAGGGGUCCCUGACGGUGCAGUGCCACUAUAAGCAAGGAUGGGAGACCAACAUCAAGUGGUGGUGCCGAGGGGCGCGCUGGGAUACAUGCAAGAUCCUUACUCGAACCACAGGGUCGGAGCAAGGAGAGAAGAGUGACCGUGUGUCCAUCAAGGACAAUCAGAAAGACCGCAUGUUCACUGUGACCAUGGAGGGGCUCAGGCGAGAUGACGCAGACGUUUACUGGUGUGGGAUUGAAAGAACAGGACCUGACCUUGGGACUCGAGUGAAAGUGAUCAUUGACCCAGAGGGAGCGGCUUCCACAACAGCAAGCUCACCUACCGACAGCAAUAUGGGAGUGUUCAUCGGCUCCCACAAGAGGAACCACUACAUGCUCCUGGUAUUUGUGAAGGUGCCCAUCUUGCUCAUCUUGGUCACUGCCAUCCUCUGGUUGAAGGGGUCUCAGAGGGUCCCUGAGGAGCCAGGGGAACAGCCUAUCUACAUGAACUUCUCCAAACUUCUGACUAAAGACAUGGCUACUUAGAGAGAUGGAUCUGCAGAGCCUUCCUGCCCUGGCCACGUUUCCAGAAGAGACUCGGGCUGUGGAAGGAACAUCUACGAGUCCUCGGGAUGCAGUGACUGAGAUAGGGGCCCUGGGCCUCUGCCCUGGCCUUGGAGCUGGUGGGCACCUCCCUGUUCUGCACAGCUCAGGAACUUAGCCGGGUCCUCUCCUGAGCCACCAUCACCUCCUGGGGUUCCAGCACCUGUUCUCUUGGUCAGGAGCUGUAGAGAUGGAGCUCGAGCACUGGAUGACUCUGUCCCCACUGCUGGAAUAACUCAGGCACAGAGCAUGGGACCAAAGUACAGAAAGAGGUUGGGGGAGACCCCCCAGCCCUAGACUUCUAUCAUUCCGGAGACCAACUCAACACCGUCUUUGCCUGAGAACCUGAUAUAUCCGUUUUUUUAAAUUUUUUUUUUUCUAGCCAAGUUGGGUUUUAAUGACUUAUGUUCAUAGGAAACCUCUCUGAUCCCACACACAAAGAGGGUGAUUCUGGGAUGAGUUCCUGGUUCUAGGGCAUGAGGGGCUGGAUGGACCCUGUCCCCAGGGAGGACAUGGCUCUGAGUCCACAGGGCUGAGGAGGCAAUGGGAACCUCCCUGGCCCAGCCCGGUGCUUGGCCUCCCCCUCCCACCUCUUCCUCCUCCUAGAUCCCCAAGCUCCCUGCCUAUUCCCCCACCUCCGAGGGGCUGCAGCUUGGGAGCCUCCUCAGCAUGACAGCUUGGGUCUCCUCCCCAAAAGAGCCUGUCAGGCCUCAAGAACCACCUCCAGGUGCGGAGGGCAGUAAUGAAAACCAUCGCAGGAAAUGGCACCCUCCCUUUUCAGUGGUGUUGAAAUCAUGUUACUAAUGAAAACUGUCCUAGGGAAGUGGUUCUGUCUCCUCACAGGCUUCACCCACGGCGAUGAGGCCCUUGAAUGUGGUCACUUUGUGCUGUAUGGUUGAGGGACCCUCACACCAAAGGGACCUUCCCAUGUGAGACGUGCUCCCGCCCCCACCUGCCCACAAGCAAACACACCACACAUGUUCAGCAUGUUGCCCUUUGAACACCCAUGAGGACGCCUCCAACCUGCUCUUGGUUCUAAUAGGGAGUACUGACUGUCAGCAGUGGAUAAAGGAGAGGGGACCCUCUGGUCCCUAGCAUGGCACCCAGAGCCUCCCCUCUUCUUGUCCUUCAGCCAAAGAGAAACUUUCUCUGACUUUGAACUGAAUUUAGGUCUCUGGCCAAUGAUGGGCCUGAAAAUUCCAUAAUGGCCAAAGAGGAGAGUUCGAGCCCGGCUAAGAUCCCCUGAGUCAUUCUGUGAGGGACCAAGAUCCACAGUCCACCAGCCCCAGGGCCCUGCCUCCUGGAAUGCUUUCCUGGAUCCAGCCUCCCAAAGAUCCGACCAGACCCAGGGAGGGUGGCACCGCUCCGCGGGAGGGAAAGCCAAAGCAUGGUGCUUCGCCAGCUGGACUCAGGGGCGCGGGGACAUUGGCGCUUGUCAACGUGAUGUCAUUCUUUUCCCACCAUUUCUUCCUGUUGAUAUUCAAUGAAUCCCUCAAUCUCUCUGGAGCUAGUGUGGCUGGGUUGUUAUUCUCGUGGCUCUGUUAAGGAGAAUCCACUGGAGUAAAGUAGGCAUCUAUUGUCUGUCUGCCCAACUACCACCCACCAUGCACGCCCUUACACCACCACCCCUUGUACACAUCUCUAGGAAAUACCCCUUGGGGUUCCAACACAAGCUGACAAGCAAGGCUUGCCUAAUACGCCCAUUCUCUGGGGUAGGGAGAAAGACGGAAGUCAAUAAAUGAGUCACUAGUGCUGGCAUUGCAUUUUCCAGCAAAUAUGUUUCAGUUGGGAGCUUGGAGCCAAAGCCGUCAUGCCCUUAAAUAGCCACAGACCAUGAGGAUUUGGCAUAUGCUGAUUUUCACACUUAAUGGAACCAAAAGUUAGUGAGGCCGGGCGUGGUGGCUCCCGUCUGUAAUCCCAGACCUUUGGGAGGCUGAGGCAGGUGGAUCACCUGAGGUCAGGAGUUCAAGGCCAGCCUGGCCAACAUGGCGAAACUGCUGUCUCUACUAAAAAUACAGCAAUUAGCUGGGUGUGGUGGUGUACACCUGUAGCCCCAGCUCCUCAGGAGCCUGAGGCAGGAGGAUCACUUGAACCCGGGAAGUGGAGGUUGCAGUGAGCCGAGAUCGUGCCAUUGCACUUCAGCCUGGGCGACAGAGGACAGAGCGAAACUCUGUCUCAAAAAAAAAAAAGUUAGUGGGCAGGUGUGGAUCUUGCUCUUUUAAGAAAAAAGCACAGCUUUUCCUUCCCCAUGAGGCCCUUCCCACAGGCCUUUACUUCUGAACAACUGCAUAGCCACAGAGGAAGUUCAGAGCCGAGGGCAGCUGGCUAGGGGCAGUAAAGAGAUAGCAGCGGGAAGGGCCCUCACCAGAGAGGCAGACAUGGGUUCCUUCUUCUUCCCCUUUUUAAAAAUUGUGGUAAAAAAUGAACAAACAAAAAACACCUAACAUGAAAUCUGCCCUCUUAACAAACUCUUAGGUGUGCAGUAAAAUAUGAUUGAUUAUAUGCACAUUGUUGUACAGCAGAGUUCUAGAACUUUCUCACCUUGCAUGACUAAAUCAUGCCCAUUGAGUAGCAACUCCCCCUCCCACUCCUCCACCAGCCCCCGGCUGCCACUAUUUUACUUUUUGCUUCUAUGAGUGUGACUAGUUUAGUUACCUCAUGUAACCAGAACCAUGCAGCCUUUAACCUGUGACUGUCUUAUUUUAGUUAGCAUAAUGUCCUCAAGAUGCAUCCAUGUUGUUGAACACGGCAGGAUUUCCUUCUUUGUUAAGGCUGAAUAAAAUUAUAUUCCAUUGUAAGAUAAAGAAUACGUGGCACAUAUACAUAAUGGAAUACUGUUUAGAUGUAAGAAAGAACAAAAUUCGACUGGGCGCGGUGGCUCACGCCUGUAAUCCCAGCACUUUGGGAGGCCGAGGCAGGCGGAUCACGAGGUCAAGAGAUCAAGACCAUCCUGGCCAACAUGGUGAAACCCCGUCUCUACUAAAAAUGCAAAAAUUAGCUGGGCCUGUUAGUGUGCGCCUGUAGUCCCAGCUACUCAGGAGGCUGAGGCAGGAGAAUCGCUUGAACCCGGGAGGUGGAGGUUGCAGUGAGCCAAGAUCGUGCCACUGCACUCCAGCCUGGCGACAGAGCAAGACUCCGUUUAAAAAAAAAAAAGAACAAAAUUCUAUCGUUUGUGGCAACAUGGAUGAGCUUGGAGGACGUUAUGUGAAUGAAAUAAGUCAGGCCCAGAAAGAGAAAUACUGCAUGUUCUCAAGUUGAUCUCAAGACAUAGAGAAUAGAACAGUGGUUAUUAGAGGUGGGGCAGUGUGUUGGGGGUUAGGGGAUAGCCAGAGAUUUGUUAACAGAUACAAAAGUACAGCUGGAUAGGCGGAAUAAAUCCUCGUGUGCUAUAGCACUAGGGGAUGUCUAUAAUUGUCAACAACUUAUUGUAUAUUUUCAAAUAGCUAGAAGAGUAGAUUUUGAAUGUUUCCAACACAAAAGUGAGGUGAUGGAUAUGCUGAUUACCCUUAUUUGAUCAUUACACAUUAUAUACAUGUAUCAAAAUAUCACAAUGUGCCCCAUA